AUGAAGGAGAUUCGGGUGUGCACGACCAUCUUGGAGAGAGUUGAGCGGUCCAAGAGUGAGGCGGUGGCCAGCACGUCGCAUGAGCUGCGCACCCCAAUCAUUGGCAUGAUGGGCAUGAUAGAGGAGCUGCUGGAGUCGCCAUUGGAGGAAUGGCAGCGGGCCGACCUGAUAGAUGCGAGGGCGUGUGCGGGCGAGACGGUGGAGCUCAUCAACCGAGUGUUGGACCUCGCCAAGCUGCAGGCCGGCAGGCUGCAGCUUGAGACUCUCCCCUGCUGCCUGCGCCGCAUCGUGAGCGAGGCGGCCACAUCAUUGAAGCAUUCUUCACACUCGGUGGAUUUGCAUGUGACAUUCGAUGUGGAUGAGAACGUUCCAUCAACUCUACUGGGCGAUCCAUUUCGCCUCUCGCAAGUCAUCGCUGAGCUUGUUGGGCCGGUCAAUGAUGAGUUAAGGCCGGUCAAUGAUGAGUUAGGGCCGGUCAAUGAUGAGAUAGGGCCAGUCAAUGAUGAGUUAGGGCCGAUCCAUGAUGAGUUAAGGCCGGUCAAUGAUGAGUUAGGGCCGAUCAAUGAUGAGUUAGGGCCGGUCAAUGAUGAGCCGCCCUCCGCCCAUCCAAGCCACGCCGUGAGCCAUACAGCAUCUGGCCACGUGGCCAUCCGCCUCUGGUGCAUCCCUCCUCCACAUUCUUCUCAGAGCGAUGCUGCUGCGUCUUCUCAAAGCACUCCUUCAGCUCCUGCAGCCGCUGCUCCCACGGGCGCCACACAAGCCUCCUCUGAGCCUCCCCCAGAAUCCUCAGCGUGGCAUCAGCUGGCCGGCUGUGUGCGGCGCUUCCCUCCACCUACACGCCUGGUCUGCCACCCUCAGCGCCCCUCAGCCAGCCAAGUGGGGUCUGUGGGCAAGGGAGUUGGCCGAUGGUGGGGGCGGGGAGGACGGGAAGGGAGAGGUGGUGGAGGGAAGGUGGGAGCACGCGGGGAGCCAAGAGGCGGUGUUGUGGAGGCCAAGGAAGUGGACAGUGCGAGUCGGGCGUGUGGGCAGGCGUGUGAGCAGGUGUGCAGCAGAGACGGCAUGAACAGUGCAGGCGAGGGCGAGACGCAGGGGUGGUGUGGGCGGUUGGAGGAGGUGAGGGAGUGGGUGGAGGGGGCGUGUGCGGUGAGGGAGGAGGGCGAGUGGAUGGUGGUGGUGGCAUGUGAAGACACGAGCGGUGGUAUACCACCCGAGGAGCUGCGGUGGGUGCUGGACCCAUACGGAGAGUCCUGCCACUCGAUAGAUGACACCGAGGAGGGUGGAGAUCUGAACGGCAAGGGGCAGCAAGGAAUCAUGGUACCUCAAAAGGCAGCGAGGAAUCAUGGAGAAGAUCACAUCGUUUGGGAGGACAGAAUCACAAAAAUCAGCAGGGGAUUCAUCACCGCGGCAGCAGUGGGAGCGGAGCACGUGGGAUCCCCUGCAGCGAGAUUGCAAGGCAGCUACCGGCCCCCGCUGGACGCCCUACCCUUGCUGUUCACUUCAUCAAUCCCGUACGCUCUUCUCUUCCCGUCCCACCCCACUCACCCUCUUCUUCUUCUCCCCGCCCGGCAGGUGGCAGAGAUGCGGGGGGGCAUGGCAGUGCUGUCAGACGCCUCCACAGGCACCACCAUUCUGCUGGCUCUGCCCAUGGGGGGAGGGGAGGACGCAGGUAGCAGAAGAUUAGGUGAGGAGGGGUGUAAGGAAGAAGUUGGGGAGUCAGGGGGAGCUGUGGGGGAGCUUGUGGAGCGAGAGAACGGAUCGGUGGGAGGCACGGAGGGGCCAGCCAGUGUUGUCACGGCGCAACCAGCAGCACCACAGCAGCUGCAGGCAGCAGGGGCGCGAGCGCUGGUGCAUGCGCACUCGGUUCCGCACACGUUUCUGCUCGCGCUGGCCAUGGGGGGAGGGGAGGACGCUGGCUGCAGAAGGGAAGCUGAGCAAGGGAGUAAGGAGGGAUUAGGGGAGUCAAGGGGGGCUGGAGAGGAGCAUGUGGGGCGAGAGAGUGAAUUGCAGGGGGGCAUUGAGGGUCCACCCAGUGCUACCUCGGGGUUCCCUCAGUGUGCUUCCGCAGCGCAACCAGAUUCGCCGCCGCAGCAGCACGCAGCAGCGGCACAACCAGUGUCGCCGCUGGUGCGUGCGAGCACAUUUCCAGAAGUGGAGUUGGAGAGGGUUGUGGGGGAGGCGGAGCGGGUGGUGCAGGGGGUGGUGGCGGUGUGGGGGGUGGCGGUGGUGGAUGACAACGCGGUGUCCCACAUGGUGGCGCGCAGAACGCUGCAGGGCUACGGGGCGCACGUGCUGCUGCUCCCCUCCGGGGAGGAGGUGCUGCAGGCGCUCUCCUCUGCCACGCCCUCCCCGCCCAUCCACCUGCUGCUCCUCGACCUCCACAUGCCGCCCGGCAUCGACGGAUUUGAAACGGCGCGUCAAGUGCGUGCCAUGGAAGACGCACAGCAAAUGAAUGAAGCAGAUCUAACUGUAGAUGAUGCAGGCACAGCAACGUGUGCACCCAGGCAGCGGCUUUGCAUUAUAGCAUUGACUGCGGACUUGGAUGCAGGGAUCAAGAGAGCAUGCUUGGAGGCUGGGAUGGAUGGAGCAGCGAGGAAACCUAUCAUGGCACAGGAGCUGGCUGCAGUGUUCUCUGCUGCUGGGCUCUCCUAG